AUGAGAAUAGGUUUAGAGAACGUGUCUGAUGAGAGCAGGGCUUUUAGCUUAUAUAUGGCUAGGUCAAGUCGUCUCUACUCAUCACCGAGUGCCGACUUGACUUAUCUUUCAAGCCCACUUAAUCGGCCUCAAGAACUUGCUGGUUGGAAAAGCCAUGGUGUGCCAUGGCUCAUGAUGUCUGGCAAAGAUAGAGAGAUUAGCUUGUUGAAUCCAUUCUCUAGGAACAAAACUGAUCUUCCCAAAACAUGGAACUUUUAUCAUAAGAUUGUUCUCUCGGGGCUUCCCAUCCUUGAAAACUAUGUUUGCAUGCUUGUUCAUAGUGAAUGUCGGGAGCUUUCUCUUUUACUAAAUUUAGGAGCUGAAUCAUGGCUUAAACAUAAACUGGAUGGUGAGCCAUUUGAGGAUGCUGUCUUCUGUGAUGGAAGUUUCUAUCUUAUAAGCAAUGAUUAUAACAUUUGGCAGAUUUAUGCUGCUAAUGUCUUCGCUAGCAUUAGAACAUAUAAUGCUUAUGAGGUAAAAAUAGAUUGUCAUGAAGUAAUAAUGUCAGAGGAGCAGGAAAAUAGUGGUGUGUUGAAGUAUCUUGUGGAAUCUUGUGGGGAGCUUCUUCUUGUUUGUAGGCUUUAUAACACCAAAGCAGAGGCUAUUCUUGAAACACAUGAUUUCAAAGUAUAUUCAUUGGAUUUUAGCCUGAUGUCCUGGAAGAGGGUACAUGAUUUGGGGGAUAAAAUCUUAUUUAUAGGCAAAUGUUGUUUGCGAUCUGUUUCUUCGAUGGAACUUGGUGUUGCGAUGAGGAAUCGUAUCUAUUUCUCUAAUGAUCAUGCUGCUCCAUGGUGGAACGAAUGGGAUUCCAACCAUCUUUAUGGAAUUUCAGCUAGGCUUAAUCUGAACAAUGCUGGAAGAAAGGAUUGGGGCGUGUUCAGCCUUGGGAAUGGAACUCAUGAGGCUUUUUGCUUUCGUGGCAAUCGAGACAGAUGGGGACCGAUUUGGUUAACUUGCCCCCAAUGGUGGUGCUGUAGGAAAUUGGCUGUUAAUGGAUAUAGCUAG